AUGCUUUCGAGGUCAUUUGGCAUGCGGUCCUCCGCCCUUCGAGCUGCCUCGAAGGUUCGGUCGACGCCCUCGAGCUAUGCUCGAACCCUGUCUACGACGGCCUCGCGUGCCGGCGACGAGACGCUGAACAAAUUCUCGUCCAAGAUCACCCAGCCCAAGUCCCAGGGUGCCUCGCAGGCCAUGCUCUACGCCACCGGCCUCAGCGAAGACGACAUGAACAAGGCCCAGGUCGGCAUCUCCUCCGUCUGGUACGAGGGCAACCCCUGCAACAUGCACCUCAUGGACCUGUCGGCCGUCGUCCGCGAGUCCGUCGCCAAGGCCGGCCUCAUCCCCUACCGCUUCAACACGAUCGGCGUCUCCGACGGCAUGAGCAUGGGCACCAAGGGCAUG